CUUCAGUGCAACACAUGCUAGGCAUCCAGGCCAACUCGGCCUUGCCCUCAAGUUGUCAAAUAUGCAUCGCCCCCGACUUGGCCCCGCUCGCUGCCCAGAUUGAGCUGGAAUUCGGCAUGCAUGCAGCAACUGGUGUUGCUCAAGAUACGGCGCGGCGGUGUCACAGGACAGGGGGGCAACGGUAGCAAACAUUUGUUACACCUCGAUCUAAAUAUGACGAUCGAGCACGCGCACAAAGCACCGACGAGCAAGCAAACAUUCGACCUACUACCUUAGCCUCCAUUUCUCGUGGUAUUACUACCCCACACGCAAGCAAACAUCGACCAUCGCGAUGUCUCUCUGGGUCUACAGCGCACUGGCGGCGAUCGGGUUAUACGUCUACCACACGGUGAACGUCUACCGGGCUCAUAGAGCCGAUCAAGCGCACGAUAAGCAGAAUCACUGUCUCCCGCCGCCCAGCCUCCAGAACAAAUGGCCCCUUGGCUUCGACAAUGUUCUCGAGGCCUUGAAGGCCACCUCGGAGGGACGCCUCAAUGAGCACCUCCUGUCCACGUUCCGCCGUCUGGGUCCCACCUACCAGCAGGUGCUGGCGGGCGAGGCCACCAUCAUGACCAUCGAGCCUGCCAACCUGGAGGCCAUCCUGUCCUCGCCCGACGUUUGGGGGAUCGGCAUGCGGCGUAAGAUCACCUUGCCCAUGUUUGGCGAUGGCAUCUUCACCCAGAACGGCGAAGCAUGGAAACACUCGCGUGACCUUCUUCGUCCCCGAUUCUCUCACCGCGCUUACGAUGAUCUCGAAGUCUACCGGGAGGCGGUAGACGGCCUCAUCCACGUGCUUUCGGAGAAAAAGGGUCACGUUGUCGAUUUGCAGCAUCUGUUCUUCCGACUGACACUCGAUGUCACGACCAAGUUUCUCUUCGGGGAGUCCGUCUGCAGCCUGCGCAGUUCCAAUCCCGAAUUCGAGGCUGCGUUUGAUGUUUCGCAGAAAAUUGUGGCGAGUCGCUUCCGUUUCCAGAAGCUCUAUUGGCUUGUGGGCGGGGCGAAGUUCAAAGCAUCUUGCAAGACCAUCCACGAUUUCGCGGAUAAUGUGAUCAGACGGAAGCUCGAACGGGCAGAGCAGGAUCCUGACGCGGCAGGAGAUGACUUCCUUUGCCGACUGAUCCAAGAUUGUGCGGACCACGACGCACUCAGAGGCCAAGUCGUCAAUGUGCUCACUGCUGGCAGAGACUCGACGGCCUGUCUCUUGGCAUGGACUUUCUUCCACCUCGUCAGACAUCCCCACGUGAUGCAGAAGCUUCGCGAUGAGAUCUCCGAGCUUGACGCAGGCCGCAGCGAACUUCGCAGGUCGCAUCUAUCGAAGCUCAAGUACCUCCAAGCCACGCUGAAGGAAGUACUGCGCCUGCAUCCUUCGACACCCCUAGGGACCCGCACUUCACUCCAGCCCGCAACUUUGCCCACCGGCGGCGGGCCAGACCAGUGUUCUCCCAUAUCCAUUGCCAAAGGCACCACGGUCAUGUUCAGCCAAUACAGUCUGCACCGUCGUCCCGAAAUCUACGGCAUGGACGCCGCCAUCUUCCGACCAGAGCGCUGGGAAUCAGGUAGCGCCAUCGUCAGCGAAGACCCCACUCACCAGAAAAUGGGAUACAUGCCGUUCGGAGCUGGUUCUCGGACGUGUCUGGGCAUGGACUUCGCCCUCACCGAAGCUGCGUACGCGAUUGUGUCCAUGCUGCAAGCAUUCCCGUCCAUUAUGUUGCCCGAGGAUGAGAAAGUGGAGCUGGUUGGUCUUGAGAAGCAGACGGUGACGAUUGUGCUACGGAGCACCGACGGCUGUAAAGUCGUCAUUGGCUGAGUGCGGUAAGCCUUGGGUGUGGAUGGGGCUCAUGACGAAACGAUGUGAUGACGGGCCGUAGUAUGGCUGAGUUCAGGAUGGCAUACCUCACAGGAAGAGGGGCGAGAGUUUUCAUAAAUUGAUUUACCAUCACCGCGACAGCGGCUGCGCACCACAGCGUCGCCUACGUCAGGGUUGGUACUGCUAAUGCUCUAGUUAUUUUUAAUAUGGAAAAGUCAGAUGUGCAA